ACUCUCCCCUUUCCCUCUCUUCUCUUUUUCUUGUCCUAAUCUCCCAUUGACACCUUCUCUUUCCUUCUUACCAUCUUUAUUCCCUAAAAAGAAAGGAAAAAAAGAAAAAAAAAAGAAUAGGAAUUGGCAAAGGAGGCAGAAUGAAAAUUAAAACGAAAAUAUUUCUUUAAAAACCUGUAAAUUCAGUUUACUUCUCUGCUAUCUUCCAAAUGGGCCGUCUUCUCUUCUCUGCCACUUUGCUCUCUCUCAUCUUCAACUUCUCUCUCUUCCCAGAGGUGGAUUCGACGACGUUCAAGAUAGUCAACAAGUGCCGCCGCACGAUAUGGCCCGGAAUACUGACGGGCGCCGACAGGCCAUUACUCAAUCCCACAGGCUUUGUUCUCAAGAGCGGAAAAUCCAGAACUCUUCGGGUACCCAGGUCCUGGUCGGGUCGGUUAUGGGCUCGAACCCAUUGCUCCACUGACCCCUCCACCGGGAAGUUCUCCUGCGCCACAGCUGAUUGCGGCUCGGGGAAGCUAGAAUGUGCCGGGAGUGGCGCAAUCCCCCCGGCCACGCUGGCGGAAUUCACUCUCAACGGCGAUCAAGGUCUCGACUUCUACGAUGUCAGUCUUGUCGAUGGGUACAACCUCCCAAUGCUGAUAAUCCCCAAGGGAGGUACAAGAGGAGGCCCAGGAGGGUGCAGCUCCACGGGGUGUCUAGUGGAUUUGAACGGCGCGUGUCCGAGGGAGCUGGCGGUGGCGCGUGGGAAUGGCAGCCGAGAGAGCGUGGCGUGCAAGAGCGCGUGCGAGGCUUUUGGAGAUCCGGUGUAUUGUUGCAGCGAGGCAUAUAACAGGCCGGACACUUGUAGCCCGUCUGUGUACUCGCUGUUCUUCAAGCACGCUUGCCCGCGCUCAUACAGUUACGCUUACGACGACAAGACCAGUACCUUCACCUGUGCUUCCGCCGACUAUAUAAUCAUCUUCUGCCCAUUGCCAUACACCAGCCAAAAAUUUCUGGCAGCACGGAAGGAAACAGCGGAUUUGCCUCUAGUUAACAAAAGUAUGAUGUACAUUGGAAGGCACCACACGCGGUUGUCAUCAUCAGGCUGAUUACCAAUUAUUGUAGCUGAAGAUUGAGCAUUUUGUUGCGAGCCUCAAUGCUGUAUUAGCUCUUGUUACUCACUUUUGCGACUUGGAUUAGAUUGUUGACACCAACAUUUCGUGGCCGACAAAGAUACAAGCAUCUCCGUAUAUAGGUUACUCUCCUCCGUACUUUGGUUAUUCCACUUGUGCAAAUAGAAAUGUUGAUGGAUGAGGCAAGAUAGUGUCCCCGGCAUCUUUAUCUCUGGUAGGAAUAGGAUUGGUAAGGGGAGAAGUAGUUGUGGAUGCGGUGAAAAUUAUUGAGAAAUGGGAAUUUAGGCAGUAUGGGGUAUCUUGGUGUGGAUAAAAGCUGUUUGAAAUGUGUGCUUCUCUAGCGGGAAUAAUUUGGUAAAUGAACUCGGACUCCUCCUCCGCUGCCAAAACUUGAAAUGUUAUAUUCUUCUGUUUCUCUUGUCUAUUUGGUACUCCUAGUUCUGGAUGAUUGCAUGGGUUGGUAUUACACCUACUUCAACUUAUUUUGUCUAAUUUAAAACUCAAGUUCAUUUUAA